UCAAAAUAACCGAAAAGGGCAGUGUCUACCAAUUAAGUGAUGAUGAAUUCUCAUCAUAAUCCAAGUAAUUUAAUCCUAGAGGCAUUCAACUAAUGCCGCGUGGACAAUCACUGUAGAGUCAGCGCAAUUGGAGCCAUGGGCCUACCUCAGCGGAAAAGUGGUGAUGGUGACGGGGGCAUCUUCCGGAUUAGGCCGGGAAUUCUGUCUCGACUUGGGUAAAGCCGGCUGCCGUAUCGUGGCUGCCGCACGCCGCGUCGAUCGCCUCAAGUCCCUCUGCGACGAAAUCAAUUGCCUCACCUUUCCUUCUUCCAAACCCCAGCCUAGUGGCCCUCGUGCUGUCGCCGUCGAGCUGGACGUUUGUGCUAAAGGAGCCACCAUACAGAGCUCCGUCAAAACGGCUUGGGAUGCCUUUGGGAGGAUCGAUAGUUUGAUCAAUAACGCUGGCAUUAGAGGUAAUGUGAAGAAUCCAAUGGAAUUGUCUGAGGAGGAAUGGAAUCAAACUAUCAAAACCAAUUUAACAGGGUCUUGGUUGGUAUCAAAAUAUGUUUGCAUGCACAUGCUUGAUGCAAAUCAAGGAGGAUCAAUAAUCAAUAUUUCUUCCAUAGCUGGUCUUAAUCGUGGGCAACUACCUGGAGGUGUGGCUUAUGCUGCCUCAAAAGCAGGCCUAAUUGCCAUGACAAAGAGCAUGGCUCUUGAACUGGGGGCGCAUAAAAUCCGAGUGAACUCGAUAUCACCUGGACUUUUUAAAUCUGAGAUCACACAAGGCCUUAUGAAGAAGGACUGGCUAACAAAUGUGGCUACCAGAACUGCCCCUUUAAGAACAUUUGGUACAUCAGAUCCUGCAUUAACCUCACUAGUCCGAUACUUAAUCCAUGAUUCUUCAGAAUAUGUUUCAGGUAACAUGUUCAUUGUUGAUGCUGGAGUUACCUUGCCAGGCAUUCCCAUUUUCUCUUCUCUUUGAAUCACUAUUAAAAUAAGAAAAUAUGUAUUCCUUGAUGUAAUAUUAGUAUCAGAGAAGCUAUAAGAAGUAAGUUUUUGUAUGAACUUGUAUUUUGAUCCUUUUAUCUUUUGACAGUUUAAAUUACUUUAAUUUGGUAGGCUUUGGUGUAUGCAUAUGAUGCUUUAAAACAGCUGAGCAGAAUAUAGGUGUUGUAAACUCCUUGUAACUUCAUCUGAGGUCAGGCUUUCAUGUGAGAUUGUGAAUAACGAUUUAAGUGGUGUAAUACUUCUUUAUUUUGCAGCUUGUGAAUAAGAUUGUGAAGUUUGGCACCAA